UGACCGCCUUAGGUCUCAUAAUAUCGACUUUGUAAAGCAAUUGCUCGUCGCUUAUCUCAUAAGAUUUCCUUUGAUAACUUUCUGUCUUUCUUGUCGCUAGGAACGAAAUGGUUUUGCCUAAAAUGAACCCCCAAAAAAGUUGGGCUGUCUCUUUCUAUGACGUAUUUUAAAGGCGACAGGAGAAUUAGGGCGCUCGGUUUGAAAGGGUAGACGCUUUUUGUAAACAUCCACCGAAUAUAAUGUAAAUAUCGACGUGACUGUCCACGGCCACGAAGAACUUCAUCACACGUCAGGUCCACUGUCUGACCCGCUGAAGCGGAACGUUGUCUGUUAUGCAUGAAUAAAAGCUUAUAUUCAGUGGACACUGCACAUUAGCUAACAAGCUAGCUGAUGACAGUUUGUUUUUAACUUUCUUCUCCGGUAAAUGUUGACAAAGUGUCACAGAAAAUCCUCCUUUUUCGUAGCCGUAGCCUAAACAGCCCGUGUUAAGAUGGCGAGUGUGCACGAGAGUUUGUAUUUUAACCCCAUGAUGACAAACGGAGUGGUCCAUGCUAACGUGUUCGGCAUCAAAGACUGGGUGAGUCCGUAUAAAAUCUCCGUGCUGGCGCUGCUUUAUGAGAUGACCGCGUCUAAAAUCACACUGCCGGAGAGAAGACGCCUCAACAAGCUGAUUCUUCCCCUGCAGCAGGGUCCAGACCUCACUCUCGGUCAGUUCCUGCAGACUGUGGAGGAGUGCUGUCCUCAGACUGCAUACGCUGUCAAACUCAGGCUGCAUGAAAUGGCCGAUGGAGAGCUGAAAGACAUGGAGUACUUCUUUUCCACUCUUCCUACACCGUUCACUGCUUUCGACUCGGAAGCGUAUAAAACCAGUGUUGUGGGACUUUUUAUGAGACACAUGCUCCUGGCCUACAACAAGCUGUCCUUCAGUCAGGUCUACAAACUCUACAAGUCCCUGCAGCACUACUACCACAGUCACUAUGCCAAGCCCAGUGACGGGCAGGUGAGUUUUCCCGCGUUGGUCGCCGAUGACUCGGACAUGGACCUCACCAGCACCGAGGACACCGUGGGAGACAGGACAGGCGGAGAGGAGAUGGACACCCCGCUGCAUGCAUCAGAGCUUCAAACUGAUAAUACUCCGAGCAGAGGCCCCUUGUCCCAAAAACAAGCAGAGUACUUUCUUGCGAGACAGGCAUAUCUUCUCAAGAAUGACGAGAACAAAGCUCUGAAGCCUGCCGCCCUGCAGGAGGAGCUCAACAACAUGCUGAAGUUCAACCCAGACUUUGCAGAGGCGCAUUACCUGAACUACUUGAACAGCAUGCGAGUCCAGGACAUUUUCCUCUCCACCCACAGCCUCUUGCAUUAUUUUGACCGUCUCAUCUUGUCCGGAAACGAGGGGAAGAGCAACGGGGACGAGGGCUACGGCCGGAGCCUCCGCUACGCUGCUCUGAACUUGGCAAGCCUCCACUGUCGCUUUGGUCACUAUCAUCAGGCUGAUCUGGCUCUACAGGAGGCUAUUCGCAUUGCCCAGGAGUCCAAUGACCAUGUUUGUCUGCAGCACUGUCUGAGUUGGCUCUACACCCUGGAGCAGAUGAAAGGAUCGGACAGCACCGUGUUAACGGAAGACUCGGUGAAAAUGGCCGCUCACUUCUGCCUGCCGUACCUGGCUUCUCUGGGCAUCCAGUCUCUGGUCCAGCAGGGGGCGACGCAGGGCAAGCUGGCACACAAGCUGAUGGACGCUCUGAAGGACACAGACAUCCUGCACUGGAAGCACAGUCUGUCGGAGCUGAUUGAGAUCAGCUUGGCUCAGACUACGUCCAUAUGGAGGAUGUACGGCAAAAGCACGAUGGCUCUACAGCAGGCCCAGCUGCUUCUCAACAUGAGCAGCCUGGAGCCGGUCAAUUUCGGGGUCCAGCAGAACAACACAGAAGCUUUCGCCGUGGCUCUCUGCCACCUGGCUGAGCUCCAUGCUGAGCAGGGCCUGUACGCCGCAGUGUCGGAGAUUCUUCAGCAUCUAAAGGAACAGUUCCCUGCUCACUCGCAGCAUGCAAAGCUCUGGAUGCUGUGCGAUCUCAAGAUCCAGUUUGAGAGACACAUGAACGAAGGAAAAUACCACUUGGCGGAGCCGCUCGUCACGGCCAUGUCUGCCUUGAAUAAAACCGAGGGUCUGUACAGGAAAGCUCAAGUCCUGAAGGCUCUCAACCGCAGCACUGAGGCGUACGGCAUCUUACAGCGGCUUCAGGUUCACUGUGAGAAGACGACGUGCACAGAGAUGGUCAUCAGAGUGAUGCUUGCCACUGCUGAGCUUCACUGGGAGUCGUCUGGCUUCUCCACAGCUCUUCCUCUUCUCCUGCAGGCCUUGGCUUUAGCGAGACAGCACCAUCUACAGUCACUGGCGUCGGAGACCAUCCUUCACCUGGCCUUCACUCAGCUGAUGCUGGGAGUUCCUGAACAGGCUCUGAGUGUCCUUCAUGAAGCCAUUGAGCCUGUUCUGGCUCACGGAGGAGUCAUAGACAAAGGUCGAGCCCUGCUGUUGACGGCGCGCUGUCAGAUGGCGGCCGCUGGCUUCAAGCCAAACAGACAAGGCCAAGCAGAUUUGCAUCUGGCAGCUUUGGCUGUUGACACGCUAAACGAGGCCGCCGGCUAUUUUUCCAAGCUGAACUGUAAGGAGCGGCUGCGCGACGUCCAUUACCUGCAGGCUCGGCUCCAUCACUCUCUGGGACAAAUCUCCCAGUGCAACAAAAGUGCCAUGCUCUUCAGGCUCCUCGACCAGGAGCUGCAGUCGCCAGCACCGCCGGUUUCCAUGCAACUCUAGCUGCUUUUGUUGAGCUCCUCUCACCAGCAGGUGGCAGUGGAACUCUGUCCUUCUCUUUCUCUUUGCUUUACAGAUGUUCUAGUGUAAAUAUUUUUGAACUCGUCCCCAGAAUAAUAAUUAAACAGGACAAAAUCAG